AUAAAACAAAAACUUUAUGAAAAACACUAUAAAUAUCGAAAAUCUUCGUGUACAAUCAUAAGAGAGAUGUAUUGUUUCGGAUAAAACAAGCGGAGGCACAUAAUCCCUUUGUAUCUCCUCCGCACUUGGACCGCUGCCUUUAUGGGACCUGCCGACCGGUUGCGAUUUCUCGACGGGCGCGACGACAGAUCCGCUAGCUGUCGCGCUGCUGCAUCUUGUUACCAGGAUUGAAUUACAUGCGUGUCAGGGUCGACGCGAGGCGACGGACCGUGAACAAUGAACGCGUUCCAUCAUCCGUUGCUAACCGUACCAAACGCUUUGUUGCUUGGCGUGCACCUGCAAGUGACCAUUCGAGUAUUUCAGCAACGCGUUAAGUCCACCAUCCACCCCUUCCACGGCCCUGACGCAGACCCAUGCCCAUGGAGGCGUUGUGUUUAUGUGUGUUUACGUUUGCCAGCGUAUCCUGCCACAACGUUAACGAUCACGUUAAGAAUCAUGGAAACUAUACCACGUCCACUGCAGUCGCCACGGCCGUUGACCACAAAGAGUCAAAUACAAGAAAACGAGGUAUUGGCCAUUACAACCCCAUGGGAUGGGGAGGUUCCGGGGUUGGCGCGUACGGAGUGCCCACUCUACCGGUGAACGGGCAGGGAGUAGGCACGUACGGAGUUCCCACGUUGCCGGUGCAGGGCCAAGUAUAUGGAUUCCAUGGAUACGGGGUACAGACCGAGCGGCCCGUUCCAUACCCGGUGCCGUACCCGGUGACUUAUGAUCGGCCCGUACCGAUACCAGUGUCUUAUGACCGACCGGUACCGUACCCGGUGAACGUCGACCGACCGGUGCCGUACCCGGUGAACGUGGAUCGACCGGUGCCAUACCCGGUGCAGGUGGAGAAACCGGUGCCGUACCCAGUGAACGUGGACCGGCCGGUGCCGUACCCGGUGCAGGUGGAAAAACCGUAUCCAUACCCGGUGAACGUGGAUCGCCCCGUGCCCUAUCCGGUGCACGUACCCUACAAGGUGGCGGUACCAGUAGACCGGCCGUAUCCGGUACAAGUGGCCGUGCCGAAACCGUAUCCGGUAGACAGACCCGUGCCUUAUCCGGUACACGUUCCCGUUAAGGUGCCGGUGGUGCAGCAAGUGCCGGUCGAAGUAGCCAAACCGUACCCGUACCCGGUGGUGGUGCAACAGCCACCGGUGGUGCAACAGCAACCGGUGCUGUGGCAGAAGGCGGCGCCGUACCCGGUGUACGUGGACCGGCCGGUGGUGCAACAACAACCGGUGCUGUGGCAGAAGGCGGCGCCGUACCCGGUGUACGUUGACCGGCCGGCGGUGCAACAGCAACCGGUGCUGUGGCAGAAGGCGAACAUGAACAAGAAUUACAUCGGCACGCCGGUGUACAACGGUGGCUACCAGACCGGUAACCAAUACAGCCCUUACCCGCCCGGGUACAGCGUCGGCGUCAACCACGCGUUGAUCGGCCUGGGCGUGGGCGGUAAAGGCGUCGGUACCGGGGUCGGUGCGGGCGGCACGGGCAUCAGUUCCGUGGCCGGCAACCUUUUGAACACCGUGUUCAACGUGAUGCAGGGCGUGAUGUCUCCGGGCGGUGCGGUGACCGGUUACGCGGCAGGGCACGGAAACUAUCUGGGACCCAAGAUCACGGGAUUCACGGCCAACAUCAACAAAUGAGUUUGCCGCCUCUCUCUCUCGCAGACGUGCACUGAGCAUAUACAAAACCACGAAUACACCGACAGUUAAUAUUAUAUCGAUACUUAUUAUUUUUAUUUCUCAGUUAUUUACCGAUCGUGUUUUGUGUAUCAUUUGAUGUUGACGAAAUAAACCGUAAGGAAAAAAAAAAACUACGAAAAUAUUCUUGCAGAUGAACAAUUAUUAACGCACGAUAUUCCUAUUUUCCAAGCGAGCAAUUGAAACCACACGCGCCUAUGCAUACCUGUACUUGAACGUCCUUAACCGCUCGUUCGAUGCGUUUCAGCGCGGUCCAAAGAGUGUUGUACAGGGUGUCUACUACCGACGAACAUGCGUCUACUAGUGUACCGCGAUGCCGACCGCGUGCGCGACGACGAUCGGAUUUUUCGGUAAGGACUCUUGAACAAUAAACCCUGGUAACGGUUGCUCUCGAAACGUCGACAUUUUUUUUACGUUUCCGUUUAUACUUGAAAAUUAUAAAAACGUGUCGCGCGAGUGCAGAACCUUAAUCCGGUUACCAUCAGGACGAAAAUACCGGUACAAGUAAAACGGACACCCUGUAAGACGCGCGUUACAAUACAUCGGUACGAAUGUCGUUCGUCAAUCGAUUCCGUAGGCCGUACCGCUCGUUACGUUUUGAUAACUGCUGUAUCACGGCGUCUUCGGAAAUCACUCUCGAACCCGCCGAGGCCUACGGAACACGCGCGCCCAUCACGAUUUUACUUUUGUGCGCUUCGCGUUUCCAAACCGAAUCGAUGCAUUCCUCGGCGUCGCGGCUAAGACGUCACGACCUAAUCCGGCCUACGCGCUCGUCCGUCCGCGUACGUCGGAGGUGUGCACGUGUCAGCUGGUGCUCACGAGUUAUCCGUAAUGUUUGUUCUCGAAGCGAUCGAAUAAUUCCCAUUUGGCCGGCGAUGUACGUACAUGUAUAAUAGGUACGAGUAUACACGCGCAGAUGUGUGUACGCGCGUCCAACGCCGUCUCCGAUUGACGCGCGCGCGCGGUGCGUGGUUAACGAUGACGUUGCGAUGUGCAUUAUUUUUUGAACGCGUCACGAAUAACAUAUCGUUCCAACGUUAGCGGAUCGGGCGAAAACCAACAGCGGAAAAUCGCGUGGCGUACAGCGUUUUAUUUUCACGAGGCGUCGACGUCGGGGUGUUUCGAUUUCGACACAUCGCCGCGCACGUGUAAUAAUGAAAUCGCGCGCGCCCGAACGGCGUUGACGUAGCGGAGGAAAAGGAACGGAAUAAACAAACCGAUUAGGCGCAUCUAAUAACGUUCCGACGGUUUCUUCACGCUCUUGUCGGC